AUGGCCGAGACCUGCUGCGCCUCCUUCCUGAGCCGAGGUGCUGCCCGCCCUGUGCGCACCACAGCAGAUGGACCGGUGCCGCCGCAGGAUGCGCUGAAGCUCCUCAAGGAAGGCAACUCGCGCUUCGCCAGUGGCAAGAUGCUGGGCUCGUGCACCAGCGAGAACGCGCGCAAGGCGCUGGUGGAGAAAGGUCAAGCGCCGCACACCGCCGUCAUCGGCUGCGCGGAUUCGCGGGCGCCCCUGGAGGCCGUGUUCGACGCCAUGCCUGGUGACAUCUUCGUGUUGCGGAACGCGGGCAACACCUGCACUCACGCGGAGGGCAGUAUGGUAGGCAGCCUUGAGUUCUGUACGGGUGCCUUGGGCAGCCGACUCAUUGUGGUGCUCGGCCAUACGAAGUGCGGAGCCAUCAACGGCGCCACGAAAGCGUUCUUCGAUGGGAAGAAGGCGCCGCCGGCAGCGACCUCUUCGGCGCUGCAGGGCUUGUUGCAGGACUUGGGCGGCGUCGCAGAGCAGGCGGCGGCUGACAUGGGCCCCAACGCGGAGCAGGAUGCGGUGGCCGCGCACGCGGUGAAAGUGAACGUGUUCCACACCAUCGACUUCCUUCUGAAAUUUUCGGAGUCCAUCCGAGAAAAGGUGAAAUCUGGGCAGGUGGAGAUCCAUGGCGCUGUGUACCAGCUAGAUUCUGGAAAAGUGGAGUUCAUGGGCCGCUCCCCGCGCCAAGCAGAGCUGCUGGACUGCAAGGUGGGCAUGCCGCCCUCAAUGUCCACUGCGGGCAGCGUGGGCGUGCCGACCAAGCACGGUGUGCGCACCACCGCGGACGACAUCGUGCCUGGCCUGGAGGCGCUGAAGCUGCUGAAGGAUGGCAACGAGCGCUUCGCGGUGGGCGCGGGCGCGAGGAAGCCAGCCACAGGCACCCAGCGCCAGGCGCUGGUGAGCUAUGGCCAGGCGCCCCACAGCGCCGUGCUGGGCUGCGCGGACAGCCGCGUGCCGGUGGACAUGGUGUUCGACGCCGUCCCCGGCGACGUCUUCGUGCUGCGCAACGCCGGAAACACGUGCACCCACGCGGAGGGGAGCAUGGUGGGCAGCCUGGAGUUCGCGGUGUCCAAGCUGAAGUCGCGGUUGAUCCUGGUGCUGGGCCACACCAGCUGCGGCGCCAUCGCCGGCGCGGCCAGCACCUUCAUGAACUCCCAGGGCACCAAGGCCCCAAGCUCCGCGCUGGAGGGUCUGCUGAUGGACCUCACCACAGUCGCCAAGAAGGCCAGUGAGGAGCUGGCGCCCGGUGCCAGCCUGGAGGAGCUGGCCAGCCACGCCGUGAAGGUCAACGUCUUCCACUCCAUGAACUUCCUCAUUCAGCACAGCGAGACGCUGCGUUCCAUGGUGAAGACUGGGGAGUUGGAGAUCCAGGGCGGCAUCUACCACCUGGCCACGGGCCGCGUGGAGUUCCUGGGGCGGUCCCCGGUGCAGGCGGAGCUGCUGUCCUCCGCCAGCGCCUUGCCGCCCUCCAUGGCCUCCCUGCCCAUCCGCACGCCAGGCAGCGGCCCUGUGAAGCCGGAGGCGGCGCUGCAGCUGCUGCAGGCGGGCAACCAGCGCUUCACCAACGGCACGGCCAUCGCCGGGAAGGUCACGCCCAUCAUGAGGAAGGCGCUGGUCGUUGAGGGCCAGGCCCCGCACACGGCCAUCGUGGGCUGCGCGGACUCCCGCGCACCGCUGGAGACUGUCUUCGACGCUAUGCCUGGUGACAUCUUCGUGCUGCGAAACGCCGGGAACACCUGCACCCACGCAGAGGGCAGCAUCUUGGGCAGCCUCGAGUUCUGCACAGCGGCCCUGGGCAGCAAGCUGAUCUUGGUCUUGGGCCACACCAGCUGCGGAGCCAUCAAGGGCGCCACCAAGGCCUACAUGGCCUCCAAAGCGGGCAAGGCCCCUCAGGUCAGCAAGGCCCUGGACGCCCUGCUGAACGGCCUCAGCGUGGUGGCGGGCAAGGCCGAGGCCCAGCUCGGCAGCGGCGCCUCGGAGGAGCGGAUCGCCGACCUCUCCGUGAAGCUGAAUGUGUUCCACACCAUCGACUUCCUGCUUCAGUACAGCGGUGUUGUCCGAGAGAAGGUCAGCUCGGGCGAAGUGGACAUCCAGGGCGGCGUCUAUGACUUGGAGAGCGGCAAGGUGGAGUUCUUGGGCCGAAGCCCGAACCACGCCCAGCUCCUGCGGUCUGGCCAGGUGGCCUUGCUGGACGUGCCACGGGGAGAGCUCCCAGGUUUCUACGAGCGCGAGACAGGCUAUCGCAUCGUGAACACGCCCUUCUCGUCGCUGGGUCGCGACCCCCCACAGACAGGCUGUGCGCUGCUGUGCGUGGCUUGCGAGGAUGAUGCGGAGGCCGACAGGCUGUGGGCGCCGGGAGGGGAGCUGCAGAAGCUUUGCAUGGACGUGGACUAUGUCUCGCGGUGGCUGCAGCUCUCGCUGCGGCCCUUAUGGCCCGCUCCGGAGGCCAUGCCCUUGUCUCCCGGAGAGACGGAGUCAGUGCAGGAAAGUCUAGACACCGUGGACGAGGAAGCGCUUCCAAGAGGACUGGUGCCUGGUCGAGGGCUGUACCCAGCUCCGGGGUAUCUCCGUGACUGCGCGCAGGCGCAUGAUGCGGCGGGGCUUCUGGACCACUUCCUGGAUUCCACGCUGCUUGCAGAUCGGAGGACGAGCCUCCGCGCCUACUUGGCUGCAAACCCGGUGUUGGCAGCAUACGUCACGAGGCGCGUGGAUGGCGUCUCUCCCUGA